CAUAUAGGCACAUCGACAAGACCGCUACAGGGCCGCACCCGAAAACUCUGAUCUUGGUUUAUCUUACAAGUUAACCGAACUGGUUUCCAUCGCAAACGUCAAGCAGUUUAGAUAAAAAUGAAACUCGUCUGUGUCUUGUUAUUAUUUGCAUUUUUAAAUGUUUCGGCAUUAGAACAAGACAAUAUACAUAUUAAUAGAAUUAAUUACAUGAAGGAAAUGCACAUUACAAACUACCAACUCAGACUAUUCGAAGAAAGUAAAUUGGACGAAUUAAUUGUACAUUUAUUGUAUUCAACUUUACCAAUUGAUAAAAUGGUUAUAUUGUUGGCUGCACCAGACUACUGUAACGAAGAUUAUAAAACUAGCAUAGAUAUCGAGAGAAUAUUUCGCAAUGUAAUAAAAACCAAAUACGAUAAUAUUCAUGAACCUUCAACCACGGACUUAAUUACAGAUAUUUAUAAAAAGGAGUUGAAACAUUUCGGGGACGAUAGAAGAGAUUUAAUUUACCCAUCUUUAAAACGUAUACUCGUUAAAGUUGAAAAAGGAGAAUUAUUAAAGCUUGACGGUCAAAAGGUGUGUUAUCUAGUAGCAUUGUUGAAAAGUUCAAUGGUCCCUCGUGAACGAGUAACGGUUGCUAAAUUCGACAGUGAAGGUUGUUGUACAAUUGUUAUUGUAACAGGCAGUACAUCAUAUUUUAAGCAGUAUCACGAUGGAGUCCAUGUAUUACACCCAAUUAGUGGUAGUCAAGGUCUCAAACUUGGUGUUGAGCUAGUUUAAGCUUACCUACACAAUUGCGAACGUUUUAUUUUAUUUUUAAUACGCUAAUACGUUAAAUAAACUUUUUGGGUGCACUUCGUGUACUAAUAUUGUUAUCUGUUCUAUUUCACAAAUUGUAAUAAACAAUUUUA